CCCAAUAAAAGUUGAAGGGACUCUGUAGUCUGUACUGUGUACCGGCCAUGGUGGAACUAGCUGUAGUUGGCCACGCCUCCCAUUAAAAACCAGCUCUCUCUCUCUCUCUCUAAUUCGGUGGCACUUUCACGCAAAAUCUGUCUGUGGGUUCUCUGCUCUUCUUCUCUGUUUGCUCUGUUUUCAUAUUAAACCCCACCUCAUUGAAAUUCUUUCUUGAUUUUACCUACUUUGAUUGGAGAUCCUCUGAUACGUAUACAGAAAAUACAUAUGGGUGGUGAUGAGCAGGAGUCUGUGGCCAAGGAGGGUGAUGAAGGGUUUUUCAACAACCACUCAGUUGAUCCUCUGAAGGUUGGAGAUUCUAGUGAAAUUAUUGAAGAACAACCAAUCUGUCAACAGCAGAGGCAAAAUAUUGCCUUAGAGAUACCCUCAAGAACAAAUGAGGGCUCUACUGAGGAUUUUGUCCGAAUAAACAUACCCCUGACACCAAAUCGAACUCCCAAAAGAGUGAAUUUUUCGCCAAUCCCUAGCCCUAGUUACUACAGAUUCAAUGAUUCCCCAAGUCCCUUGUCAACUAGGGCUAAAUCAUCCAUGAAAAGCCUCUUUCCAAAACUAAGCUUCAAAUUCCGUAAUACUACUUCAGAGAUUGAGAGGGCUGCAAUCCUAGCUUUGGGAGAUUCACCAGCAGACACAUGGGAGAAGCCUUUAAUUCGGAGGACAUUGUCUCUUUCAAAACUUUUCACGCCCAAAAUGAAGAGAACUUCAUCUUUACCUGUUACCCCAAUUGCACACUCGAAUCCGGAGUCUAUGCAUGGAGGGAACACAAUUGAUGAUUAUGUUAAAAGUGGGACUCAGCUUCCUAUUCAUCGUUCACGCUCAGUCCCUGUAUUAAACAAAGAUGGAAGCAUUAGGCAGAGUGAUUCAUUAAAUGGUGUAUUUCGUGUCGUUCCCACUACCCCAAGGGUGGCAGGAGGAACUCUUGCAACAAUGACCUCAACUCCAACAAAAGAUGCUGAUGAAAAUGAUGAGCAUGCUGAAGAUAUUCCUGAAGAAGAAGCUGUUUGUAGGAUCUGUUUAGUUGAACUUGGAGAAGGUGCUGACACCCUUAAGAUGGAAUGUAGCUGCAAAGGUGAGCUUGCAUUGGCCCACCAAGAAUGUGCUGUAAAAUGGUUUAGCAUCAAAGGUAACAAGACAUGUGAUGUGUGCAAGCAAGAGGUUCAGAACCUUCCUGUCACCCUUUUACGAAUUCAAAAUGCUCAGGCCCAUAACUUGCGCGGUAAUAGAGCUCAGCAAGCUGAAAUUGCUCAAUACAGAGUUUGGCAGGAUGUUCCUGUUCUCAUCAUUGUCAGCAUGCUAGCUUAUUUCUGUUUUCUAGAGCAGCUUUUGGUUACGAAAAUGGGAUCGGGUGCAAUUGCCAUAUCCCUGCCAUUUUCCUGCAUGUUGGGUCUCCUUGCAUCCAUGACAUCAACAACUAUGGUGAGGAGAAAAUAUGCCUGGCUGUAUGCAACUAUUCAGUUUGCACUUGUCGUUCUCUUUGGUCACCUUUUCUAUUCACUGCUUCAUGUGCAGGCUGCACUUUCAGUUCUUCUUGCGACGCUUGCUGGAUUUGGAGGCGCAAUGAGUGGGACUGCUAUUCUUCUUGAGACUUUAAAAUUGAGAAGACGAUGGCAAGCUUGGUUAAAUCAACAACCAAGUUCUCAAGAGGUAACCCAGCCACAUCAGUUGCCUGAAACUGCAUAUAUACCACAAACAAAUCCUCCCACCGAAACUGAAACCGUGGACUCCAGAAUUGAGUGAGGCAGCUGAUUCGAUGUUAUGUUACAGCUCCAAGCUGUAUGUAAAUUUUGGAUGAAAAUAUCAAGUUUGGUUUCUCUCAGUGCAACUGUACAGUCCAGUUUUUUCUCAAUCUCUUCAAUCAAUAGUUCAAGACUGUUUUGAAUUAUAGUUUCUGGAGAAGACUUGGACUCCAAACCUUGUGUGCAUUUGUAGCCCCAAUAGGAUAUUUGAACCGAGCUCUCGUGUGUUCAAGUAAUCAAUGACAUUGUACAGGCAUGGACUAUAUAAGCUUUUGUUUCUUUUCUUUCCCAGUUGAGUGAAUUGUGAAGUUUGUCAUACCAUACAGCUAAGCAUUUGAUUGAAUGAUAUAUCAUAUUCUGUUGCGUUA